GUCUUCAGCGAGACUGGUCUGUCGUCUCUGCAGUUCUCGACGCUGUGAAGGAGAUAUAUAAUUUUUUAAAAUGUUACGAGCCGGCUUUUCGAUAUUGCUCGUGUCCCUGCUUUGCAUACAAGCUCAGGGCCAGCAGCGACGCAAUCUUGCAGAGGUCCUAACUGCAAAAGGUUUCACGCAACUCGUCGACUUGGUUGUCAAGGCUGGUCUUGCAGAUACUGUUUCUAAUGGAGGUCCCUUUACCAUCUUCACCCCCACCAACGAGGCAUUUGAAGCACUAGACCCCGAGUUGGUGAAUUCUCUCCUGGCUGACACGGAAAUGCUCAAGAACGUGUUGCUUUUCCACGUCGUGUCCGGGAGAGUCCCGUCUUCGAAUCUCAGAGAUGGCAUGGUGGUCGAUUCUGUCCAGGGUGGACCUCUGCAGAUUAACAUUCGAGGAAGUGGUGUCACAGUCAACGAUGUAUCAGUAACCCAGGCUGACAUCAUGGCACGGAACGGCAUUGUCCACGUCAUCGACCAAGUGCUGAUGCCUCCUGAAGACGUCGGUAACCUCGCAGAAGUCCUGACGUCAGAGGGAUUCAGUCAGCUCGUCGAUCUAGUUGUGACUGCUGGUCUGGCAGAUACGGUUUCCAAUGGUGGUCCUUUCACCAUCUUCGCGCCGACCAACGAGGCCUUCCAAGCCCUGGACCCUGAGCUCGUGCAGUCCCUGUUGGCCGACCCUGAGAAGCUGAAGAGCGUCCUGCUGUACCACGUCGUACCCGGGACCGUCCUCUCGUCUGCCCUGAGCGACGGGCUCAUGGCGGCCACUGUGGAGGGAGGGGACCUUAGAGUCAAUAUUAAGGGCAAUAGAGUGACUGUCAAUGACGUGGCCGUGACACAAGCUGACAUCCCAGCAAGCAACGGUGUCAUCCACGUGAUUGACCAGGUGUUACUCCCCCCUGCAAAUAACGUGGGUAAUUUGGCGGAAGUUCUGACUGGCGAAGGAUUCAGUCAGCUCGUGGAUUUGGUCGUGAAAGCCGGCCUCGCCGAGACUGUUUCCACGGGAGGUCCUUUCACCAUCUUCGCCCCGACCAACGAGGCCUUCCAAGCCCUGGACCCUGAGCUCGUGCAGUCCCUGUUGGCCGACCCUGAGAAGCUGAAGAGCGUCCUGCUGUACCACGUGGUGCCCGGGACCGUCCUCUCGUCUGCCCUGAGCGACGGGCUCAUGGCGGCCACUGUGGAGGGAGGGGACCUUAGGGUCAAUAUUAAGGGCAAUAGGGUGACUGUCAAUGACGUGGCCGUGACACAAGCUGACAUCCCAGCGAGCAACGGUGUCAUCCACGUGAUUGACCAGGUGUUGCUCCCCCCUGCAAAUAACGUGGGUAAUCUGGCGGAAGUUCUGACUGGCGAAGGAUUCAGUCAGCUCGUGGAUUUGGUCGUGAAGGCCGGCCUCGCUGAGACUGUUUCCACGGGAGGUCCUUUCACCAUCUUCGCGCCGACCAACGAGGCCUUCCAAGCCCUGGACCCUGAGCUCGUGCAGUCCCUGUUGGCCGACCCUGAGAAGCUGAAGAGCGUCCUGCUGUACCACGUGGUGCCCGGGACCGUCCUCUCGUCUGCCCUGAGCGACGGGCUCAUGGCGGCCACUGUGGAGGGAGGGGACCUGAGGGUCAAUAUUAAGGGCAAAGCGGUAACCGUCAACAACGUGGAUGUGACGAGAGCAGACAUCCAGGCAACCAACGGAGUAAUACACGUCAUAAACCAAGUCCUUUUGCCUCCUAAUGUUGUAGGCAACUUGGCUGAGGUUUUAACCCGCGAAGGAUUCAGUCAAUUAGUCGAUCUCGUUGUUACUGCUGGAUUGGCUGAUACGGUUUCUAAUGGAGGUCCUUUCACCAUAUUUGCCCCGACGAAUGAAGCCUUCCAAGCCCUAGACGCUGACCUUGUGACCUCUCUGGUGUCUGACCCCGAAAGGUUGAAGAAGGUCCUCCUAUAUCACGUAGUUACUGGCAGCGUCCUCUCCUCUGACCUCAGCAGCAACGCUAUGGUCCCGUCUGUUCAGGGGGCACCUCUCAAGGUCAGCGUAGAAGGAAACAGCGACAAUCAGAUGGUGACCGUGAAUGGAGCUCCUGUGACACGAGCCGACGUCCCUGCGAACAACGGCGUAGUUCACGUCAUUGACCAAGUCCUCCUGCCGCCCGAGGAGAUGGGGAACCUUGCUGAGGUCCUUACUGCUCAGGGAUUCACCCAGCUUGUUGAUCUCGUGGUCGCCGCGGGUCUUGCCGAUACGGUUUCCAAUGGAGGUCCCUUCACCAUUUUCGCUCCGACUAACAAGGCGUUCCAAGCUGUUGACAAAGCUACAUUAGACAACCUCUUGGCUGACACAGAAAUGCUUAAGAGUGUCUUAUUAUACCACGUCGUCCCAAGCUCCGUCUAUUCUCCUCAGCUGGGGGAUGAUCUCUUGGUUAACACAGUCGAGGGGAAACCUGUAAGGGUCAACACUGCCUUCAGUAAUGGAAUGGGCUCUGUUACAGUGAACGGCGUGAAUGUAUCAAGAACAGAUAUCGUCGCCAAGAACGGUGUGAUCCACGUGGUAGACAGUGUUAUAAUGGCACCACAAGGCAAUAUCGUUGAUAUUCUGGCCGCGGAUCCGAAAUUCUCGACUCUCGUGGCUGCCGUUAAAGCUGCUGGUUUGGUGGACACAUUGAGUUCUGACGGGCCGUUCACAGUGCUCGCCCCCACUAACGACGCCUUUGCCAAGCUCCCCGAAGGCACUCUCGACCAACUCCUGAAGGACACGGCUUCCCUGAAGGACAUUCUCCUUCGUCACGUGAUUCCCUCGUCUACGUUGUACUCAGGAGCCCUUUGCUGGAGAACGUAUACAACAGCCAAUGAGGAACAGGUCACCACACACCGUGAUGCGUUCCACCAUAUAAAACUUACCAGCGGUGACAAACGUGCCACUGUCCUGAAACCUGACAUCAGUGCCACCAACGGUGUCAUCCACGCCAUUGACACUAUUGUGGGAGCUUUGUUGGUGACAAUGGUGUUCCUUUCGGUCGACGCGGGGCACUACGGAAUAGGAAGGACUAAUGCAAAGCCAAGAACUCAACAGGGUAACAUAGCCGAAGAACUCACCAAGAGAGGUUUUACAACACUGGUGGACCUCGUGACGAGAGCUGGUCUUGCUGACACGCUCUCCAACCAGGGCCCCUUCACCGUCUUCGCCCCCACCAACGAAGCCUUCAAAGCCCUGGACCAGAGCCUCGUGUCUUAUCUCUUGGACAAUCCCGAGGAGCUGAAAAACGUCCUUCUGUACCACGUCGUCUCCGGCAGCGUUCCCUCCCGCAGUCUGAGCAACGACCUGGUGGCAGAUUCCGUUCAGGGGGCACCUCUCAGGAUUAACCUCAGGUCGCGUCCUUCGGGAGUCACUGUCAACGGCGUGAAUGUGAUCAAGGCAGACAUCCAAGCAAGCAACGGCAUCAUCCACGUUGUAGACCAGGUACUGCUAGCUCCCCAGGCUGACAUCGUAGGCACUCUGGUGGGGGAUGAUAGGUUCUCCACACUCGUAGCUGCUGUCACUGCCGCUGGUUUGGUUGACACCCUUAAAGGAGGCCCCUUCACAGUAUUCGCCCCGACCAACGACGCUUUUGCCAAGCUCCCCCCGGGCACUGUGGACAGCCUUCUCAACGACAUCCCUGCCUUAACAGAAAUCCUCCUCCGUCACGUCGUUCCUUCCACACUUUAUUCUCGUGCUUUGCUGGGAAACACUUACAACACUGCUGGCGGUGAUACGCUGUCUGUAUCUCAACGCGGGGGCCGCGUGAACGUCAUGACGCCACAGAACACAGCCAGCGUGAUCGAGGCAGACAAGACUGUCACAAACGGAGUCGUUCACGUCAUUGAUUCCGUGAUUUAA